UCCAGGAGACUUCACAAGCACCAGAACAAUGUCCGGAUACACACUGACCUACUUCCCAAUCAGAGGGAGAGCCGAGCCCAUCCGGCUGCUGCUCGCUGACCAGGGGGCCACAUGGAAGGAAGAUGAAGUGGCGCUUCAAGACUGGUUCUCUGGAAAAAGCGACCAGAAGAACAAAGCGGUUUUCGGUCAGCUGCCUAAGUUUCAGCACGGAGACUUUGCCCUGUAUCAGAGCAACAGCAUCCUGAGAUACCUGGGCCGCGUCCACGGGAUCAGCGGCAGCAACAAUCAGGAGAGCGCGCUUAUCGACAUGGUGAACGACGGCGUCGAGGAUGUGAGGCUGAAAUACAGCCGUUUUGUGUUCACUGAAUUUGAGACGGGUAAAGAGAAAUACCUGAAGGAUCUGCCCAAUCAGCUGUCACCAUUCGAGAAGAUCCUUUCCAAUAAUUCCAAUGGAACCAAAUUUGUGGUUGGAGAUAAAAUCUCAUACGCUGACUACAACCUGUUGGACCUACUACAAGUCCAUCUUGACCUUGACCCGAAGGUUUUGGCCGCCUUCCCCCUGCUCUCUGCCUAUACAGGACGUCUCGCCUCCCGCCCAAAACUCAGCCAGUACCUGAAAUCUGAGCAGCGCAACAAGCGACCGAUCACCCCGAAACACAAGUGACCGAUCACCCCAAAACACAAGUGACCCAUCACACCGAAACACAAUGACCGAUCACCCCGAAACACAAGUGACCGAUCACCCUGAAACACAAGUGACCGAUCACCCUGAAACACAAGUGACCGAUCACCCUGAAACACAAGUGACCGAUUACCCGAAAAACAAGUGACCCAUCACUCCAAAACACAAGUGACUGAUCACCCCGAAACACAACGACGGAUCCCCCCGAAACACAAGUGACCGAUCACGCCAAAACACAAGUGACCGAUCACCCCAA